GAGAUGAGAAGAAAAAUAAUAAAGAAAGAAAGAGAGAGAGGAAGAGUAGUGGUAGUAGAGAGAGAAGAGGGACGGAGAGGUGUCUCGUGAAGCAGCAGGUGAAGGGAAAGAAAGAAAAGUGAAAGAGGAACAAAUAGAAAGAAAAGCUCUUCUCUUCCCUUCUCCUCUUUCUCGCUCUCUUUGUUCUCUUUGGUCUUUCUAACACCCCCUCCUCUGUUUCUCUCUCUCCAGCUAUCUAGCUUUCAAUUUCUCUUUCCUCUCUCUCUCUCUAAAAUUUCCAACACUCGCAUUCAUUCCUUGCUUCCUCUUUUAAAUCACGAGAUCCCCAUCUCUUUCUUUCUUUCAGUUGUUCUAUAUGUCUUCUCCAGGGUCUCUUUGGUUUCAUUUUGUUGUUGCUGGUGGUAUUGUAGUUGUAGCUACAGACAUUGUUGAGAGAGAAGAUUGAAGAGAAUAAUAAAAGCCCAGACAGAAAAAUUAAGUAUUUUUGGGUGAUUCCACAAGAAAUGUCGCAUCCGGGAAAGCCCAUUCCUGAAAUAGGGUUUAAUUCUCUGUCCGAUCGGUUUCGCGACGCCUUGUGCUGCGAGUACAACAAGCCGGAUUUCAAAGAGCUCGAUCUGGGUUCACCGGUCUCGCCGUUGAGGACUCGUGGUCCAGGUGGUGGUGUUGGCGGUGGACCCGCUGCCAGUGGGAUUACCACUACAAGCAGCAGUUCUAGUUCUUCUGGUUCGGUUUCUGGCAAGACUGGGAACAACCCAGUUGUUAAAAGAUCCGAUGGAGUUGGUAACAAUCAUUCUGGUGAGCUUUCAGGCUCGGGCGAGAGCAGCCCGACUGCCGCCGAGGGCGUCCGAUCCGCCGCCGCGAUUCGUAAUAACAAGCCCGGCCAUCGGAGAUCGAAUUCCGGUGGUGUUCCAUUAAUCUAUUCAGGUGGAAGCGUCACCAGUAGCAACAGUGGAGGUUCGGUUAAUUCGCCGACUAUGAAUGUUCUCCCUAGUGGGAACAUUUGCCCGUCUGGGAGGAUUUUGAAGACGGGCAUGGCUUGUCGGAGCUCUUCUCGCAGUGACGUUUUGGGUUCGGGGACGGGCAAUUAUGGGCACGGGAGUAUAAUGCGGGGCGUCGGUGGGGGGAAAUUAGGCUCAGGCAGCGGUGGGGAAGCUAGUGGAGGGAAUGUGACUGGGAACAUACAAUUUGCGGGGGAAUCAAUGAUGGUGAAACGGGCCAUGGCGAGUUCGGAUCCAGAGGAGGUGAAAAGGGCUGGCAAUGAGCAAUAUAAAAGGGGAAAUUUUGCAGAAGCUCUUUGUUUGUAUGAUCGAGCCAUUGCAAUGUCGCCGGACAAUGCAGCCUGUCGGAGCAACAGAGCAGCGGCAUUGACAGGACUUGGUAGGUUGACCGAAGCCGUAAGGGAAUGUGAGGAGGCGGUGAGGUUGGAUCCUUGUUAUUGGAGGGCGCAUCAGCGAUUGGCAUCUCUCUAUCUGCGAUUAGGCCAGGUUGAAAUUGCACGGAAACAUCUAUAUUUCCUUGGACAGCAACCAGAUCCUACUGAGUUGCAAAAGUUGCAGGCUGUGGAGAGGCAUCUGAGCAGAUGUGUUGAUGCCAGGAAGGUUGGUGAUUGGAAAAGUGCAUUAAGGGAAGGCGAUGCGGCCAUUGCUGCUGGAGCAGAGUCUUCUCCUCAGCUUUUUGCAUGCAGAGCAGAGGCCCUUUUGAAGCUCCAGCAACUUGAGGACGCAGACUCUGGACUAUCUAAAAUACCUAAAUUUGAAGUGUCUACACCCUCUUGUUCACAGACCAAAUUCUUUGGGAUGCUUGCAGAAUCUUAUGUCUUCUUUGUCCGAGCCCAAGUUGAUAUGGCAUUGGGAAGGUUUGAGAAUGCAGUUGCAGCUGCUGAGAAAGCUGGACAGAUUGAUCCCCGCAACAUUGAAAUCACAGUGAUGCUGAACAAUGUGAGAAUGGUGGCAAGGGCUCGUGGCCGUGGUAAUGAUCUCUUCAAUUCUGGCAAGUUUGCUGAAGCAUGCUCGGCUUAUGGGGAGGGCCUCAAGUUUGAUCCGUCCAACCCAGUUCUCUAUUGCAAUAGAGCAGCUUGUUGGUCUAAGCUUGGACAGUGGGAGCAAUCUGUUGCAGACUGCAACAAUGCUCUGAGGAUCCAACCGAAUUACACCAAGGCCCUUCUUCGACGGGCUGCCUCAAAUUGCAAGCUUGAAAAUUGGGCUGAAUCUGUAAGAGAUUAUGAGGUCUUGAGAAAGGAACUUCCAGCGGAUAAUGAGAUUGCAGAGGCUCUAUUCCAUGCCCAAGUUGCAUUGAAGAAAUCUCGAGGGGAGGAUGUUUAUAACAUGAAAUUUGGUGGUGAAGUAGAGGAAGUCUCAGGUCUUGAUCAGUUCAAAGCAGCCAUAUCUUCACCUGGUGUUUCAGUAGUUCACUUCAAGGCAGCCUUGAACCAGCAAUGUGAGCAGAUAUCUCCUUUUGUUGACACUUUAUGCCUUAGGUAUCCAUCAGUGAAUUUUCUCAAGGUGGACGUGGAAGAGAGUCCAGCAGUAGCCAAGGCUGAGAGUGUGAGGAUUGUUCCAACAUUCAAGAUAUAUAAGAACGGUAGUAGAGUAAAAGAAAUGAUCUGCCCAAGCCAUCAAGUUUUGGAGUAUUCGGUGAGGCAUUACAGCCUCUAGAACAAGCAAAGAGCUCCCAUUUUUUUCCUUUUUUUCCUUUUUUCCUCUUGCAAACCCACAAUUCCUGAUCCAAUGGGUGCUCCUGCUCCCACAGUGCCCUUUAUCCUUCCCAAUUCAUACAAGGAUUAGUCGUCUACUUUGGCGAAAACCAGCUACAUAAUAAUUUGAUAGAGCCAAGGCCAAAAGAACCCAGAGAGAGAGAGCUUAGUUAUCUUUUGCAGUUUAUAAUUAUUCUUUCCAUUUUCAUUGCUCCCUCUGUUUUUUUUUUGUCAUCUUCCGUCCAUCAUCCUUUUUUUUAUCAAUUUUUUCCCUUGUUUAGGCCAGCCUUAUUCUUGUAUCUUCCCCUUCUUCACCAUUAGAAGAAGAUGAGAAAAAAAUGUAUAAUUAAACUGGCUCUUUAAGUUGAAUUUGAGAGAUAGAAAGAGAGUUGGCUGGUAGAAGAUAUUGUGUACAUGUAUAUAUAAGAUACAUACCAAAUAUCGGAAGCCAUGGGAGAGAUUGGAUGUCUGGUGGGUUCUAUUGGGUUAGUGAGAGGAGGAUGAUCAUGAUAAUGCCAUUGAUGUUGUUGCUUCUGCUCGACCAAUUUCAUGAAUAAAAAUCUCAAAAUUUUUCUUUCCAUGCU